UUCCGUUUCGUCGGCGGCACGAAUGUCGCACUAUCGCAGUGGUCGUAUUGCCGGCUGUACAUCAGUUGGACGCAUCUGCACCGAAGUUAUCGUAACGCUCUAGUUUUUUUUAGUUAUUUUUUGCUGUCCGUUUCUGUUUUACCUAUACGAUGUCUACCACCUGCGUGCCCGACAGUGUCAAGUGUCUGGAAGGAAUCGACUACGAAGUCGUAAAACACAACGCUCAUUUCGAAUGGGUUACCGAAUACGAGAAUACCAUUAAACAAUUGUCCGCUGAAGUGUUUGACACUUUGGGAGUGCAGGACAGUGGAAGCACGCUGGACAUCGCCGUUAAGGGUCUCGACGGGUUCCAAGGAAACCUGAAGUCGUUAAUGGACGCUCUGGUGAAACAGGUAUCCGACAAAUCCAGCGUGAACGAGCGGGCCAAAUCGUUCGCCGGCGAAUGGGCUGACGCCGCCAAGUACCAAGUCGAUCUCAAGUACCAUCACGCGGGCGGCGGUCCAAACGCCAAGAAAUUGCGUUGGGCCUUUGAGUGCGCCAUCAAGUACAUAAUCGUGUGCGCCACGCAUCUGGCGGACGAGGGUGGCGACGACGAUGUGGACUUUAAAAAGGAAGUUUCCGGCUACGUGAAAGACGUCAUCAUUCAAAGCCUGAUCGAUCAUCUGAACGGCGUCAAGAGCGAACUGGAAGCUCUCCAAAAAACCUCGUAGAGUCAACGACGACGUUAUGCACCAUGACAAGAACUUCUAUACAUACCUAUUAUAAUAUAUAUUA